AUGCCCUCAUCAUCAGCCACACCCUCCUCACCCUCCGUCUCGACCAUCACCCCAGAAACCCUCGAAUCGGACCUCCUCGCACAUCUUGCAUCCAGCACGGCACUCGAAGACCUCCACUCGACACUCCUCUGCUCCCUCCAACGAAUGGGCUGGACCGAAAAGAUCCGAAAAUUGUCACUCGAGCUACUGCGCGCCGGACGCUGCGAUCGAUUCGACGAAGUCGUGGAAGCGGUAGUCGCGUCCGCUGAAGGACGAGGUCAUGCGCUAUGGGGGGAGGGCUCAGAGGCGAACUCGAAUCUAGAGGGCGAGGAGGGGAUCGAUGGCGGAGAGGCAGCGGCGCUUCGGAAUAUGGAUGUGCGCAUUCCGUCGGAGGUGGUAGAGCAGGGGGUUCGAGCGAUCAAGGAGGUUCUUCGAGAGGUGGUGGUUUUGGAAGAGGAGAAUGAUUUCGGGGAGGGGAAGCAGAGCAGCAAUGGCACCGAGAAGGACAAGGACAAGGACGGUCAUAAGGACGGCAAGGAGAAGGAGAAAGGGAAACACGGCAGUGGUGCGACGGAGAAGUCGUCCAAAGGCUCGUCCAAGUCGGGACAGGAUGGGCUUAAGAACGGUGAUACAAGUCCCGUUAAGAAGACGGAGAAGAAGCCGAAACCUGGGAAGGGGAAGUAG